AUGUCGGCCGAUCCGCCCCGCAGACGUCGAUCAUCCUUCUCAGAACGCUUCCAGCGCGUCUUUAGUGGUGAUCGAGUGGAUCAAACAGACAAGAAACGCCAAAGUGUAGGACCAGGCACCCCGCCAACCCUGUCCCGUGUUUCAGUUCGACCGAGCGAUGACAAUGAUUCCAAGUCAGCAGCAACUGCCGCGCUAUCGAUGCCUGAUGAUGCAGCGCUCAGCUCCUUCAAUUUCUCGUCGGACUCUCGUAUUCCUUCUCUCAGCACUACAGGCUCCAGCGCAUCUGUUCACGCAGCCCCCAAGGACGAGGACUCCACGCAAAUGACAACGGAGGCUAAGCACGCGACAGAAGGCGAUCGGAAAUGCUCCUCGCCAACAUGGGGAAAAGAGAAACCACGGAACGAGAGGCGAGCGACCAAGCGACUGGAGGCAGAGAGGAAAGAGAUGGAGAAGCGUAUGCUUAAAAUAGAGCAAUCCCAGACCCAGCAGGAUUUUGCCAACUUUGAUCGCAACUCCCGCCGCUUGGUCAAGAAACAAAAAGGGAGCUCGGAACGUUCAUCCAGUGCUGGCAGUUCGCGAUUGAGGUCGUCAUCUCUUACGCGAUUCUUUACGCGCUCUCGUCGGGGCUCCCAAUCAGGGAAUGAAAGUGACGCUGAAUCUACCCGUGGCUCCACUGAUACAAAUCCAGCAGCUCCUGUUGCACCAUCAAUCCCAUUGGCACUAGAGGAACGUUUUGGGGCUGAUGUCUCACGGGAGUUAGCGACCCGACACGGAACCACCUUGAUCCCUGCGAGUCAGCUCGCAUCAAAACAAUCUUCUCGAUCAGUCUCAUCUCAGCCUCAGAAAGCGCAGCGCUUACACCAUACCCCAAUAAAGUCAGACGAUCUUCGAGAAAACUGGAAGAUGGCCGAGGAGUGGCAGAAGACACAGGGCCAGGCCGGUGCAGGUCUUAUCCAGCCUGAGAACAUGGCCGGGGGACAGCAAUCCCCUCGAGUAUCAUUGUAUGGAACAGAUCUUGACCAAGAAUUAUCUUUAACUUCAAAGAACAGGAGGCAGACCCCUAAGACCCCCAAUACUGGCUCUUCAAGCGCCGGAGACCCGACCUAUCAGGCGGGUCUGUCUUCGAAAACCACUCCAGAGAGUGUUCCACAAGACGACCCCUCGGCUAUGCGUAUCACAACCGUGCAGCAGCUGCGUGAAUUCUCUAGCACGAUGUCAGAGGAAUCGCCUACUUCAUACAGCACAGUGAAUAUCCAGUCACCCAUAUCUGUCGAACAAUACCCUCCGAGGAACCGUGUGGAAACGACUCCGCAAAGUCAUCAAAGAGCGUACAAAUCCUCACCUUUAGCCAUGAACCCAAACAUCCCUGACAGCCCGACCGAGUCAUCAAAUGUCGACCCUUCGCUACGAAAGAACCUGGAUUUGCCCAAGCCCUUGCGAAUCUCAAAGAUUCCUCAAUUUGAGGAGCCCCAGGGGCGCAAUCAACAAUCGACAGCAGUCUCCACGCCCGAAAAUACUCAAUUUCAGCCAAAUAGGGCUAGUCCUAGUGCCAAACGGGACUCAUAUGGAGCAUGGCCAUUGACUGGGAACGAAGCUCAGCAGGAGAGCCGCAAUUCUCGAACAGAAUACCAGGAGCGACAAAUGCCGGGAGAAUCCAGGCACUCUCAUGCGAUAGCUCCUCCCAAGCACCCGGGUCGACAUAGUCUUGAAGAUCACACUCCCAAGUGGACAAGCAAUAAGAACCCGGCAGAGCAUGCCUUAGGUGAUGCACAACAGGGCUCCAAAGAGUCCCAAAUUCAUCACCUCUCUCCGCGCAGGGUCACCGACGGAGGAAUCUCUCCAGUGGGCUGGAAUAGCCCAGACCAUAGACGGUCAUCGAUCUCAUCGCAAGCAUCAAGCUACAAUACAGCCGACGAAGAAAAGCUCGACGUACCUCCACGAUCGAAACGAACAUCCCUCCCAGCCCCCGAACCCAAAGAACCGAAGCCCACCGUUCCCGCAGAAGACGCUACAAUGAAAGAAAUACCCAGAGGUCCCAUCGGUCCCCGCACAAAACCCCCAUUAGCCUCUGGACCCUUAAGCAUGCUACGCAAAAACCCCAUGCAAAAGAUGAAACCACCUCGAUCAGACGACGUUCUCGCCAAACUGUUUGUCAUCUGUUGUCAAUGCAAGUACUGGCACGAUAUGCCAUCAGAGGUGUAUGCCAAAUUUUCCAGUCCGGAACGCCUUCCGCCGGGAUCUAGGUUAGCAAGAACAUUUUCACGACGAAAUUCGGGGAAGAACUCGAUUUUCUCUUCGGAUCCUGAUGAUCCGCGACGGAUGCCUGUUCCGAGGCGCGGGCCUCCUAAUGGGCAGCCAAGGCCUGGGGGUGGCCCUGCGAUACCUCCUCAGCAGGGACCUGUUUCCCGGCAUCAAUGCUGCUGGUGUGCGCAUGGCAUGAGUAAAGCUUGUUGUCAGGGUUGGACUGCGCUUGUUCAUAUGCGCGAGCGGUAUCAUUGA